CUGAGGCUGGGGGGGGGGAGGGGUGGCAGGAGACGGAAGGUCGGCGCGGGUGGCCGGGCCUCAGCUAGACAGUGGUCGGGUCGGGUCCCGCGGGGACUGAGGCGCCCGCGUCUGGAAAGGGCGGCGGCAGGAGCUGCCGAAGAGUUGUGGCUGAGGGCUACCCGGUGUCCUUUGCUGUGAGUCAUGGCGCUGUGAAGAGGCGCCUGGUGUGGAGAGCUUUCGGUCGCUCCCUUUCUUCUUUUCUCUUCCUCGGCUCAUGGUUCUGCCCCCUUGUCCCAUGGCGGACUUCGUGGUGCCGCGGCACAGCGCGGUAAUGGAGCGGCUCCGCCGGCGGAUCGAACUAUGCCGGCGGCAUCACAGCGCUUGUGAGUCACGCUACCAGGCCGUGUCUCCGGAGCGUCUAGAGCUGGAACGCCAGCAGACCUUCGCUCUUCAUCAGCGCUGCUUGCAGGCCAAGGCGAAGCGGGCUGGGAAGCACCGCCAACCGCCGCCUCCAGCGGCACCCCCUCCAGCUGCGCCCUCGCAACCGCCGCCCUCUGUUCCGGCCCCGGGCUCGGCGGGUUCUGCCGCUAUCUCCUCUUCCGACAGGCCCGGAGCUAAUGGCCUCGACGCCGACACCGCGGGCGGUGAACAGCAGCAACAGCACCCAGGCCGCAGCAGCGCCCUCAUCGCGCAGCUUCAUGAGACGGUGAAAAGGAAACUUGAUAGUUCUGUUUCCCCUCAGAAUGGUGACCAGCAGAAUGGCUAUGGGGAGAUGUUUUCUGUGCCCAAGAAACUACGUCAUGAUGAUGGUCUUGGUGGUUUGAGUGGGUCCUCCAAUGGACUUCCUCCUGUAUCUCCUCUGCACCAGCUAGACAGCAAAUCUUCCAGUGGAGAUACAUUGCAGCUUAAUGGAAAACAUUCCCUGGGGCUAGAUAGCAUCAGCAAAAAAUGUCUGCGGGAUUCUAAUCUACAGCUAAAUGGAAGCAGUGAUGUUGAUGACUCCUUUAGUAUGACUUCGAACAAGGAGCUCAAACAGGAACCAGAUGAUCUUCCUUGUAUGAUUCCUGGAGCAGGAAGUUCUAUAUCUCAGAACAACUUGAUGUCUGAUCUUAACCUUAAUGAGCAAGAGUGGAAAGAGCUCAUUGAUGAACUUAAUAGGUCAGUGCCAGAUGAAGACAUGAAAGAUCUAUUUACAGAGGACUUUGAGGAGAAGAAAGAUGUUGACUCUUCAAAUUCAGCAGCACAAACUCCAUUGCCACAAGACAUAAUUAUUAAGACUGAAUUUUCUCCAGCAGAUUUUGAGCAAGAACAGAUGGGGUCUCCACAAGUCAGAUCUAGUUCCUCUAGCACAGCCUUCAUUGGGAACUCUUCUGUGCCUGUUAGUGCUGCUUCUCCAGUGGUUGGUAAUUCCCAGAAUAUGUUUCAGCCAUCCAGUCAGUCAGUGACUGAAAAUCCUAAUCAUCAGACUAUUAUGCAGUCAUCAAACCAGUCUCAGAAUGUACAGAGGCCUCUACCUAAUUCUGUAUUACCUGGACAGAAUACAGGAAGUGCCAAAGACAUGUCAUCUGCUCAACAGCUUCAGCAGAUAGCUGCCAAGCAAAAGAGAGAUCAGUUGUUGCAAAACCAACAGCAAGUCCAUCAACCCAGUCAGAUUUCCAGUUGGCAGCAAUCUGGACCUUCUCAUAGUCCAUUAGCUGUCCCAUAUAGCAUGGAAAAUCCUACUAGCCCUUCAGUUUAUCAACAGGACUUCAGUAACCAGAAACUCAUAAUGUCCAAUAUGCCAAACAAGAGUUCUCCCAGGGCUGGAGGCAAUUAUCACUCUGGAAAUAUUCUAAGCCAUCAGCCAAACAGUUUAAACCAGAACUCUGUAUCUAGUCAAAGCUCUGUAUUGGACUAUGGGAACACAAAACCUCUUUCACAUUACAAAGAAUGUGUGCAGGGGGCUGCAGUACCUGGACAGAACAAGACUGCUAUGUUGGCAUAUAUGCAGCAGCGUCAACAGGCUCCCCUGCCUCAUAUGAAUGAAGAGCAGAAUGGGAUGUUUAUAAUGAAGCAGAAGUCUGGAAGCAUGGCCUACAGACCUCUAGUACCACAUAGCCAGGAUCAGAAUUCUUCUGCUAAUGUUCCCCGCAUUCCUGUUUCUGUUCCUGGCCCUGGGGUGAAUGCACAGCCUCCAAAUGUGUCCAUGGCAGGUAAUCAUGGCAGCACAGCCUAUCUCAACAGUCAGCAGCAGGCAGCUGUAAUGAAACAGCACCAAAUGCUGCUAGAUCAGCAGAAACAGAGGGAACAGCAACAAAAGCAUUUAUUAAUGGAGCAACAGAAACAGUUUUUAAUGGGCCAGAGGCAACUUCUUGCUGAACAGGAGAAGCAAAGGCAGCAUCGAGAGCAGCAGCUUCAGAGGCAUCUCACUCGGCCGCCACCUCAAUAUCAAGACCAGACACAGAACCCUUACCAACAGCAGGUUGUACAGUUCACAGGCUCAUCGCCAGCUAUUGCAGGGGUAAAUAGUUUAGUUCAGUCCAAUUCCAGCAGUCCACGCAUGUUUUCUCAGACUCAGAACAUGAUUCAGAUUGGAACAGGACACAAUUCUGUUGCAUCAAGCUCUAGUCAGCAGGAUCAAGGUGUGACUCAGUAUACUGGAAUGCAGAACAUUCAGCGUAGUGGUUUAUACAACAUGACAUCUGGUAUAACGCAGAUGGUUCAGCAGCAUGCAACCUCGAGUGCCAGUGGACAGCCACAGAUACAAAGACAAGCCAAUUUGACCCAGGGUACUGCUCUUCCUGCUGGUUAUGGACAGGGCUCCCUAGGAAAUGCAGGCAUUUCUCAGCAACACAGUAAAGGAGCACUGAAUCCAACAUUAUCCAAGCCACAGAUGGCAAGAAUACCAACAGCCAUUGGGGCUCAAAAUUCAUCAUGGCAGCACCAAGGAAUGUCAAACAUGAACAACCAGGCACAAGGCAAUAAUGGCUUAGGGACAUUUACAGCAAAUUCUACUUUCCAUAUGCAGCAGUCUCACUUAAAGAUGACCAACCAACAGUUUGCACAAGGGAUGCCUCAGGUAAGUCUCAACACCAGCAGGCCAAUGGCCUCCAUGAACACAGCUGUCUCUGGACAGAUGCUGCCAUCUAUGGGUGCUCAACAAAGGACAAAUCCUCCUACCCAGCAACCAGUACCAUCACAACAGAUUUUGCCAGGCAUGAGUCAGGCUGUCCAAGAUCUGACUGCUUUCAGCCAGAAUCAAAGUCAGCAGCUGCCUAACAGAGCCAAUCUGCACUGUAAUCAAGGUUACCCAGUGAGGACAACUGGUCAGGAACUACCUUUUGCCUACAGCAACCAAUCAGGCAAUAAUGGACUGCAGAGCUUAACUGGCGAUACAGAUCUCAUAGACUCUUUGUUGAAAAAUAGGACUUCAGAAGAGUGGAUGAAUGACCUAGAUGAAUUAUUAGGGAAUCAUUAAAAUUACAUUUGGGGGAUUUUCUGGAUCUUUUUGAAUUGCAUAUUAUAUUUGGACCAAAUACCUGUGGCUUUUAGAAGAUUCACAGGGCACUAGUGGGAAUGUAUUAGAGCUGCUCCCUUCUGGGUUUAAGACAUGAAAAUUAAACACCAAUAUGACAGGAAUAACAUGGUCAUUUUUGUAGUGUGUUUGGAACACUGCACAAAACAAAAGUCCAGGUCAAUUUGUUGUGCAUUCAGCCUUCAUACAUUUCACUUUUACAGUGUUUGGCAUUGAAGAGUAAAUGCAAACCUGUGCAGUGGUGGUGCAGAGAGCAACCCUGUAAAGAGACUCCAAAUAUUCAGUGUUAAGGCAGUCUUUCCUGCAGCUAGUACUUAACAGCAUCUUAAUCCUAGUCUGGUCUGUUAGUUAUUGCAGUUAGCAUCCUGCCUGCAUUUGUUUUGAAGAGAGAGUGUUCAACAUUUCUGCCUUUACAGGAUCCACUCUAGUUUGUUCGGGUGAUCAGUAAUAUGUAUUUCAUCAGUGAUAUGUAUUUCUCAUCAAGCAAGCUGGGAGAUUUCAAAAUAACUACUAAUGAAUUUAUAUACUGGAGAUUGUCAGGAGUUAACAUGGCCAAUGAGAGAUUUGUAGGGAUGUAAACUGGGGACCCCAAGUCUUAAUGGGCUUAAGCUAAGCAAUUUGCACUCUGCUGUGGAGGAAGGCUGGUUUUUAGAAGUUUUUUUUUAAAGCAGUCUCACUUAAAAUUAAGUGUGUGCACUUUUCCUAUCUUCUUUCCAGCAUUCAUUGUGUUUAAAUGAGUAAGUUGGAUUGAUUUUUUUCCUCUUUGAUUCAGAGGGCAUUUAAAUUUAUAAUUUUUUGUUGCCACACACAUGCUGUACUAAUAAGCACAGAAUCUGUUAUUUUUGGUGAAGCAUGUGAAGGAAGCUUUGUGCCUUGGAAGUCAUUAGUAACUUUAACAAUUUUGCAAUAAUGGCAUGGGGAAUGAGGGGGUGGGGGUAAGAAGGCUUAAUAAUUAAAAGUUGUCCCAUUGUGAAAGUCCUCUUGACACACACACCCUUUGAAAAUGUUUGUUCUGUGGUUUGAUCUCCUUAGAAAUAUGUAGACUGAUCUCCAGUGAAGCAGAUGCUGCUAUUUCAUCAUGGUCCGUGGAGACCCUCAUGGAUGUUUAGGGUCCAUUCCAUGCUUGGCAAGGAAAGGAGAGAAUUGUUUUUAAUGUUACCAAAAAUAUUUCUGCUUGCCAUCAAGCCACCUUUUGCCUUAACCUUUAGUUUAUAAAGGUAAUAAAUUUGAAAGUUGUUUUAGAUGCAAAGAUACCUCUGUUCCCUGCUCCAUUUUACCUCCUAUUGUAAUGGUUCUUAAUUAUUGCAUAAUACCUUUAACUGAGAAUCAAAUAAUUUCCUUCUAAAAACCAGGAGUAUAUUUACACAAGGCAGGCUUGGAAAGUCAAGAGGGAUAUAUUGUAGAGUGGGGAACAAUUAAGAAAAAAACAGUUAAACAACAGGAAGGAAAUGUUUUACUGUAUCCACAGUGUUUUUCUGAAAUGUGCACUUUGGAAAAAUAAAUCUGUUUUAACACUACUCUUUAUUUAAUCUUUUCCCAAAUUACUUAUGGAUAUUACUUUUGUUAUAUAUGCUUGCCAGCCAUGAGCAAGUUAUAUAUGCUGUGCUAAACAGAUUUUUGUAUUAUAUCAUGAUGGACUGUUUAUAGGGAUAAAUGGUGAAAGUUGUGUGUGGAGUGGUUCCACUGCUGAAUGUCCAAAUUCAAGCAAAUUGCAUUGCUAGUAUGAUUUUUAAAACUUUGUUUUCUAGGGGGUUGUUAAUUUAAUGAAUAAACAUUGAUGUCACUGAUAUUGUAAUUAAUUAGAUUAAGAUUAAAUUUACUAAUCUUUCCUGCAAGUCAGCAGUUGAGCAAAACAAUUUGUGAGUUUGGCUUAAUCAAAGAAAUGGCCUAAGACAAAUGUCAUCAGGAAAAUCUCCUGUUGAUCUCUGUAGCUGCUUUUUGGGCCAGGAAGAGGGGAGGUGAUAGUACUUGUUCUGUAAAUAUUGGGGGAAUUUUGCACCAGUGUGCCUUCUUUCCUUAUUGGAGGUGCUUGGGACCUCAUAUUUCUUAACUAUUGUCUGGGUUCUGCUGAUUUCCUUCUUAGGAACACUGAAAAAUGGCAGUUUUGAUGAAAUUUAAAUGCUUUAGGUUAGUAUUGAAUUUGUCAAUUGGAAUCUAAGAUUUUUUAAAUGCCACCCCUUAGGUUUCUAAUUCUAUAGUCAGAUUUUUGUAGCCAAUUUAACAUUUUUGCAUCAAAGUAAAAGUAAAAUAUUGAUGGGAUAGAUCUCUUCCCCUAUCUUUAUUCUAGUACAUAGGGCUUGUCAGCUGUCAUCACAUGCUAUUUUACUUCUGUUCAAACAUGGUUUCUUUAAAAAAACUAGUUUAGAAUAUUCUUUGCGUGGCAUGUGUUAAAUCCAUUAAAAUGAGGAUUUACAAACUUUUAAAUUAUAGUACACUCAAUGUCAAUUCAGUGUCUUUCCCAAGCAAAAUUGUCCAAAUCUUUAAAAGGUGGCUUUGGCAGAAAAAUAUUCACGUGCUGUUCAGUGAUAAUUAAGUAUGGAGGCUCAGUGGAGAAGUUCUGAGUCCUGCCCUUCAGUCCCUUGUAGCAGUUCAUAAAAGAAUAUAUGCACUUGGGUUCCCAUUUGCUGCAGCUUCAGAGCAAUAAGACGUGGCUCCUCUGAACUUUACCUAGCCAACUGCCUCAACUUUAUUUAUAGACUGUGGUUAUGGGAGGUGAAAGGGGAUGAGAAUGACGCUGUUCAACAUCCACUGCCUUCCAAAAACCCACUGCUCAAUUGAAAAGGGUGCUUGGUUUUCUAUUCUACACAUUUUCUUUGUGUAAAUAAAUGUUUACAAUUUUUAUAUUAAAGAUUGAAUAAGAGUUAGAUCUUCUGAGUGUAUAUUUUUGACUUUUUUAUAGAUUUUAAAAGUAUAAUUCUUUAUAUAUGUGUGUGUGUGUGUUGGGGGUGAUUACUGUAAGUUUUUCUUUUGUUUAAAUGGUGAACAGUUCCAAUUUGAUGCUAACUUUCUUGUAAUUAAAAUGUAUAAAGAGCCCAUUAAUUUCCCUUUUCUUUAACUACAGUUACUGUGGCACACCAAAAAGAAAUCUUUCACUUCUGUUUUGUCAUUAUAAAAAAAUAAAUAUUUUGCUAGUGUAUUAAACAAA